CAUCAGCAACAGCAGUAACAGCAACGAGAGUAUCAACAACAUAAAGGUCACAUAAGAUAUUACGGAAUAACGCGACCCAAGUCCAGUGACAAUGAUGAAAUCUGCAUGAACCUAUUGAUAAACGACUUCAAUUAGAUGUGUAAAUUUGAACACACCGAUACGCAAAUGCCACGUGCUCAAGCAGAUUUUCACGCGCAGCGAUCAAUAGCCUAACAAGCGCGGAUUGUGUAAGUGGAGCAGCGAUAGUAGUGUAACUCAAUUAACGGUCGGCCGCGUUUGACGCACGUCUCUCCGCGUCUAGGCCGAGGGCUUAUCAACUCCCAGUAAGCGGAAGCUCCUGCCGUUUGUGGUCGCUGCUGACAAGUCCAUCGCUACGAUGGCGACAUCGGAGAAUUCGAUCGAAGACGACGAGGAUUUAACCUACUCGGACGGUGGCCAUAAUUGGCGAAGUAUUAUAUUUUCCUUGCUGGUUAUUAGUGCUGUUAUAGCCGGAAUAGUUACAGCCAUUUAUUUACUUGGCUACGUCGACGAACUUUUGUACUGGAGCGGACGACGUCUGACGCUGGAGGAAUGCCUUCACGGUGACUUGACUCCACAGAGGCUUCCACCAACUUGGAUCUCUCACGAUAAAUUCGUCUAUCAAGCAGACGACGGCUCACUUGCUCUUCUCGACGCUUCCAACAACUCAAUUUCACUUCUAGUAUCGAAUCAUACUCUUAGGCAGCUGAACGUACAGGGCUACCAAUGCAGUGCCGACCUACGUUAUGUACUCUUCAAGCAUAAUGUCAAACCGGUUUUCCGACACACAUUCACUGCUCAUUACACUGUAUACGAUGUUACAAACGACCACCACACGCCCCUUCGGCUCCAAGCCUCGUCCCGGAUCCAGCAGACGAGGCUCCAACACGCGGCCUGGCUCGGCAAUACUACCGCCCUCUUCAUGGUCUCUGACAACGACAUCUACAUCCGAAGCUCGCCCAACUCCGCUGAGGACUCGAGGCUCACGCAUACUGGCCUACCCGGGAUCGUCUACAACGGAGUACCCGACUGGCUGUAUCAGGAGGAGGUUCUGCCAAGGCCCGACUGCACCUGGCCAAGCCCCGACGGCUCGCACCUCCUCUUCGCCAGCUUUAACGACACCAAAGUCACGGCACUGGAGUUUCCCUGGUUCGGUGCAUCGAUGAACUCAGAGACGAUGAGGAAGGGCGUUUUCCCUCCGGCAAGGUCAGUGAGGUAUCCCACGCCCGGCUCGGCUAACCCGGAGGUUGACGUCUGGAUCGUCGACUUUACCAACGUUACUACGGGAUACAAUAACGCGACCAACGUGACCAAUUCAACGCCCAUUAAAAUUAAGCUCAAGCCACCGCCGGUUUUCGAUGGACAGGAAUAUUACCUAAUAUCGGCGGGCUGGAUCGGCGAUGAUUCCACUCAGGUUGCGGUUGUGUGGAUGACUCGCUCGCAAAAUCUGUCGGUGGUAUCUGCGUGUCGCGGACCCAACUGGGACUGCGAGGAGACGCACUCGGAGCGCGCUCCCGAGGGCCAGUGGCUCGACGCUCAGCCCCAUCCGGUUUUCGCCCCCGACGGCGACAGUUUCCUUCUUCUGGCCGCGGUCCAGGAAGGUGGCCAGGAGCACUUUACCCACAUCAAGCACGUCACCCUCACACAGCAGAGGAUAGCCGUUCUCUCUCAUGGCCAGUACGAGGUAAGCGAAAUUCUAGCCUGGGACACUAGAUCGCACUUGGUCUAUUAUUUAGCGUCGAGGGAGCGAAGUCCCGGACAGAAACACCUUUACGUGGUGAAAGACCCCAUAGCGGAUGAUCCGCGAAGAUUAGAACCGCUUUGCGUCACCUGCGACAUCGGCGAUCUUCAGUGGAAUAGCCGUUAUUAUUACACGAACUGUACGCACUUUGGAGCGUCGAUAAACCCACCAAUUCAAGAGGGCCAGCUGCGUGAGAUAAAAGAGGACGAGGAGCUUGGAUAUUACGUGCUAUAUUGCGAAGGCCCAGGGCUACCACUUGCCGCCAUUCAUUCAAUGCGAACGCAUAAAAUUGUCCGAGUCCUGUACGAUACGAGAAUUCAGAGGGCGGAACUUUUAUCGCAACUCGCUCUACCUAAACGACAAAGUUUCGAGGUACCACUACCGCAGGGUUGGAGAGCCCAGGUACAAUUGCUCUUGCCACCCUCGUGGCGGGAAGAGUUGCGUGACGCUGCAUUUCCGGUGCUCGUAGAGGUGAACGGACGACCGGGAAGUGCGGCCGUGAACGACCAGUUUAGGGUCGACUGGGGCACCUACAUGUCCAGUCACAACGACGUCGUUUACGUCAGGCUCGACGUGAGGGGAGCUAGGGGACAAGGCAAACGCGCCCUCUAUCGCCGCAUAGGUGGCGUAGAAGUACAGGACCAGGUAACCGUCCUUAGACAUCUCCUGGACACUCUCAAGUACCUGGACGAGUCCAGAGUGGGCGUUUGGGGAUGGGGCUACGGAGGCUAUGUUACUUCCAUGGUUCUCGGAAGCCAGCAAAAUGUCUUUAAAUGCGGCGUAGCCGUAAACCCCAUCGCCGAUUGGCUCUAUUACAGUAAGCAUCGUCAAUGCUUGUUAAUUGUAGGGUUGCAAAAGCAAUAUUUCAGAUUAUAUUAUUCGACGAGAAUUAAGAAACUCUUGUAA